UAUGUGUGUUUGUUUUAUAAAAUGGCAUAAGCAUAACCAACAAGAAGACGACUUUCUCAAUAAAACCAAAACCUCUUUCUCAAUCCACAUAGAGAGAAAGAGAGAGAUGAGCCGGAGGAACAAGAACGGCUCUAAGCUCGAGCUGAGGCUAAACCUUUCGCCGCCUCCUUCUCAAGCCAGCCAGAUGAGUCUUGUUCGAUCUCCAAACCGAUCCAACACGACUUCACCGACCUCAUGCGUUUCUUCUGAAACGAACCAGGAGGAGAACGAGGCAAUAACCUCAAUGGUUCUUGUAGGUUGCCCUCGUUGCCUUAUGUACGUUAUGCUUUCUGAUGAUGACCCUAAAUGUCCUAAAUGCAAAAGCACCGUUCUUCUUGAUUUCCUUCAAGAAAACGCUUUUGCCGCUACAACCGCUACCGCUGCCAACACCAGACGCAACAAGAAGACCUGGUGGAACUGAAUUUAUUAAUGAUCCAACCGCGUUUUUUUUUGUAUGUAAUCGAGGGAUCUUAAACCGAAAUCUAAACUAAUCCAACAGUACUUUUUUGGUUUCUCCUUUGAUUUAUCUCUUUAGUUGUUUUGUCUUUAGAGUAGUGCUAAUCACGCUCCACUUUUAGACUAAACUUGAAGUGGAGCGCCACUAGCACUAACUUUGCUUAAAAUGGAAGAAUGAUUAUUUUUUUUAUAACUGGCGAUGCUUAGUAUGAUAAACAUGUGUUGUUGUUUAGUUUCCAUAUUUACUUUUUUACUAUGGAGUUAUUACAGUUCAGCUUUUCCGGUAACCAUCUUAGAGGAAAACGGGUUUCUUUCACUAGAAAUCUUGAUCAACGACUCUUUAUGCAAGUGGAGAUGUGAAAUUACAAUACCCUGUCUCUGAUCCCUCUGUUUCUAUAAUCAUCUGUUCCUCACAUGUCUAGAAGUUUUUCGGAUU